CGGGGGCGCGCGCGCUGCUUCUGCUCCUGCCGCUGCUCCUGCUUUUGCUCCUGCUUUUGCUCCUGCGGGGGAGAGACUGAAGAGGAGGCGGCGGGAGACGCGGAGGGAGACCGAGCCCCCGCCGCCAUCAUGCCGGCCGUGUCCAAGGGCGACGGGAUGCGGGGCCUGGCGGUGUUCAUCUCGGACAUCCGCAACUGCAAGAGUAAGGAGGCGGAGAUCAAAAGGAUAAACAAAGAACUGGCCAAUAUCCGCUCCAAGUUCAAAGGCGACAAGGCUCUCGAUGGCUACAGCAAGAAGAAGUACGUGUGCAAGCUGCUCUUCAUCUUCCUCCUGGGCCAUGACAUCGACUUUGGCCACAUGGAAGCAGUGAACCUGCUGAGCUCAAACCGCUACACGGAGAAGCAGAUCGGCUACCUGUUCAUCUCCGUCCUAGUGAACUCCAACAGCGAGCUGAUCCGUCUGAUCAACAACGGUAUCAAGAACGACCUGGCGAGCCGGAACCCCACCUUCAUGGGGCUGGCCCUGCACUGCAUCGCCAACGUGGGCAGCCGGGAGAUGGCCGAAGCCUUCGCCGGAGAAAUCCCCAAGAUCCUGGUGGCUGGAGAUACCAUGGACAGCGUCAAGCAGAGUGCGGCCUUGUGUUUGCUGCGCUUGUAUAGGACGUCUCCGGACCUGGUGCCAAUGGGUGAUUGGACCUCUCGAGUGGUGCAUCUCCUCAAUGACCAGCACUUGGGUGUGGUAACUGCUGCCACCAGCCUGAUCACCACGCUGGCACAGAAGAACCCAGAAGAGUUCAAGACCUCUGUUUCCUUAGCGGUUUCCAGAUUAAGCAGAAUUGUGACGUCUGCAUCAACCGAUCUCCAGGACUAUACUUACUAUUUUGUGCCAGCUCCCUGGUUGUCUGUGAAGCUUCUGCGGCUGUUACAGUGUUAUCCACCCCCAGAAGAUCCUGCAGUGCGGGGCCGCCUCACCGAAUGCCUCGAGACGAUCCUGAACAAAGCCCAGGAGCCCCCCAAAUCCAAGAAGGUGCAGCAUUCCAACGCCAAGAAUGCUGUGCUCUUUGAGGCCAUCAGCCUCAUUAUACACCAUGAUAGCGAGCCCAAUUUGCUGGUCCGUGCCUGUAACCAGCUGGGUCAGUUCUUACAGCACAGAGAGACAAAUCUCCGGUAUUUGGCCUUGGAGAGCAUGUGCACCCUGGCCAGCUCCGAGUUCUCCCACGAGGCUGUGAAAACUCACAUAGAGACGGUCAUCAACGCCUUGAAGACGGAGAGGGACGUGAGCGUGCGGCAGAGAGCGGUGGACCUCCUCUAUGCCAUGUGCGACCGUAGCAAUGCGCAGCAGAUUGUCGCUGAGAUGCUGAAUUACCUGGAGACGGCCGACUACUCCAUCAGGGAAGAAAUUGUUCUGAAGGUGGCCAUAUUAGCUGAGAAGUACGCAGUGGACUACACCUGGUAUGUGGACACCAUCUUGAACCUGAUUCGAAUAGCUGGGGACUAUGUCAGUGAGGAGGUGUGGUACCGCGUCAUUCAGAUUGUGAUUAACCGGGACGAUGUGCAGGGCUAUGCAGCCAAGACCGUGUUUGAGGCCCUUCAGGCACCAGCAUGCCAUGAGAAUUUGGUCAAAGUUGGUGGCUACAUCUUGGGGGAGUUUGGAAACUUGAUCGCUGGUGACCCGAGGUCCAGCCCCCUCAUCCAAUUCAACCUGCUGCACUCCAAGUUCCAUCUGUGCAGCGUGCCCACGCGCGCCCUGCUCCUGUCCACCUACAUCAAGUUUGUGAAUCUCUUUCCUGAGAUCAAGACGACAAUUCAGGACGUCCUGCGCAGUGACAGCCAGCUCAAGAAUGCCGAUGUGGAGCUGCAGCAGAGGGCUGUGGAGUACCUGAGGCUGAGCACCAUCGCCAGCACAGAUAUCCUGGCCACGGUGCUAGAGGAGAUGCCUCCAUUCCCGGAGCGGGAGUCAUCCAUCCUUGCCAAGCUGAAGAAGAAGAAAGGUCCCAGCACAGUCACGGACCUGGAAGAAACCAAGAAGGAGAGGAGUGCGGACAUGAACGGGAGCACCGAGCCAGCACCGGUCAAUGCCAGCACUGUGUCCACUCCUUCUCCAUCCGCAGACCUCCUGGGUCUGGGCACAGGCCCCCCGACCAACGCAGCGCCCUCUGCGGCCUCCAGCGGCAGUUUGCUGGUGGAUGUGUUUUCAGAGCCCGCCUCGGCUGUGGCCCAGCUUGCUCCUGGCUCACAAGAGAACUUUGCAAGUCCUGACCUGGCUUCAUCUGAGCUAGUUUCUGAGGAACCCACUGAGACGGCGCGUGGUGCCGAUGAGCUGACACACAAGUUUGUCUGUAAGAACAAUGGGGUGCUGUUUGAGAACCAGCUGCUGCAGAUCGGCCUGAAGUCGGAAUUCCGCCAGAACUUGGGUCGCAUGUUUAUCUUUUAUGGUAACAAGACUUCCACGCAAUUCUUAACCUUUACCCCGACACUAAUCUGCUCUGAUGACCUUCAGUCCAAUCUGAACCUGCAGACCAAGCCGGUGGACCCUACCGUGGACGGGGGUGCGCAGGUGCAACAGGUGGUGAACAUUGAGUGCAUCUCUGACUUCACCGAGGCGCCCGUCCUCAACAUUCAGUUUAGGUACGGCGGAACCUUUCAGAACGUGUCGGUCAAGCUGCCCAUCACCCUCAACAAGUUUUUCCAGCCCACAGAAAUGGCAUCCCAGGAUUUCUUCCAGCGCUGGAAGCAGCUGAGCAAUCCCCAGCAGGAGGUCCAGAACAUCUUUAAGGCCAAGCACCCAAUGGACCCGGAGAUCACCAAGGCCAAGAUUAUUGGUUUCGGUUCUGCUCUCUUGGAGGAGGUGGACCCUAACCCGGCCAACUUUGUUGGGGCCGGCAUCAUCCACACCAGGACGGCACAGAUUGGGUGCUUGCUGCGCCUGGAGCCCAACCUGCAGGCCCAGAUGUAUCGGCUCACUCUUCGGACAAGCAAAGAGACUGUGUCCCAGAGGUUAUGUGAUCUGCUGUCGGAGCAGUUUUAACCAACAGGAAUGGAAAAUCAGUGCAGUUUGUGCGUGUGUUCCUUCUCAUUGUCUCCCUUAUCCCCCUGCAAAUAAAUACACCUUGUACCCCAGUGUCUGAAUAUUGCCGUGUGCCCAAGGACUCUCCCCCCACCCGCGGUCCGUCUAGCAGAUUGAGCACAGAUGUGCGGCAUCAGAAGGAACUUGGCCCCUGUGCUGUCGGGAUGGCCUGCCCAGCGGGACAAAUGCCGAACGCUCUUGCAGGAAUCAAGACAAUUCUUCACUUCAUCUGCCGGGAGAGGAGGAGGAGGAGAAGCUUGGCUGUGAUCGAGAACAUUCAGCAUGUUCAGGGCAGUGCUUCUACUGUGGAUGGCCCCAUGGCGCCGUCCAUCAGCCACAAGGGCGACUGGGCAGUGGGGUCAGGGCGUGAGCACAGGGGAGGGGGGCGGUCACCACCCUAGUCAUGCCAGUCGCUCGACGGGGCUACUCCUCUCGGGGCUUCUCUUGUCUCGUCUGCCUGCCCGCUGCCAGGGCCCCAGGCAACCCAGGGGGAUGUCUUGGGGCAUCUGCGGCGCUCAGGCCACUAGUUCUUACACGGCGUGUGGGCAUGAGCUGGGCAAGGGUCAGCCUUCAGGAUCCUGUAGGUUUUCUUGUCUGGUCACUAGCUCGUGGUUCUUCUGACUCCUUGGAGGAGAGGAGCCAUGAUUCGAGGCCAGAGGAGUCCCAUGUUCAGCAGCCACAUAGAUGUGUGGGGCACCCAGUGGAUGAGCAGGUGCCCCCUCUUAACCUCAGAACGUGCCACUCUCAGGAGCUGUUAAGGGAAAUGGAGGCACUUAGCUAGCGUGGCCCCCGGCUGCCUUUCGGAGGGCGACGGGUCUGGGGUGGUGGGAUGGGGAUGCAGCACCCUGACUUGGGGGUUACUGCAAGCCAAGGACAGAGGCCCAGGUCCUGGGGCUGGGCAGGACCAGGAGGCCCUUCCCUGCUCAUGUGCCCACUUUGCAGCUCAAGCAUAGGCUGAACCCUGGCUCAGACCCCAAGCAGCCCCUGGGUGUCUUCAUUUGCUUUGGUUUGUGUGGUUGGGGCCUGGAUGUCGAAGGGAAGACGGCUGAGUGUGGGCUGGAGCCGAGUGUCCCAAAGCCUGGCCCCCCGCCCCCCCACCCCGGCCUGCAGAACCAUUGUUUGUGUUGUGGCACGAUGCCUCAAACCGUCCUUGAGCUCGUGGAAACAGUGUUAUUGUUCAGAGUGCAGUAUCUCAGCAUCACCGUGUGAAAGGCAGUGAGCACCCCACAGCACCUGCCUUGUGCUGGCUGCCCCGGGGGGCUCCCGCCCCGUGGACCCACGUGGCACGGACCCACCUGGCGUGGCUGGUGACCAGCUCUGCUUCCGUGUCUCUGCCCCCACCCCUCCCCCAGUGCCUCCUUUUACCCUCAGGACUCAUCAUGACAUUUGGAAAACCCGUGAUUUCGUCAGAAAAGUGUGUUAUCUUUUCAAAGAGAAAUAAAUGACUAGAACGGA